AUGGACCCGGUGGAGAAGCUAUUGAAGACGGUACAGACGCCGAUUUUACUGAUGUUCGUGACGAAUUGGGUACUGGGAAUCGGCAUAAUCGAGUAUCCGAUCGGCAAGCAGCAUCGCAUAUUCAGCUUCUUUUACAACGCCGCCGUUCUGUUCUCCUUUUGCUUCCUUUGCAUCUAUACCUAUUCCAACAUCGACGAUUUCGAGUUCGAGUUCGCGCUCGAUAAGAAGACGAUGAAGAGUCACUUCAAUUGCAACAUGCUCAUCGUCUUUGUCUGCUUCUUUCUGGGAUACAGACGCAGCAAGGCCUUGAGAAAAAUAUUCAAGCACAUUGUAAUAGUGGAUCAUCUGAUUGGGAAGCUUGGCUUUUCCAAAGAUUACAAAAAACUCGUUCUGAAACAAACGAGAAGAUAUUCGAUAUUUUUAUCCCUCAUCAUUGGCAUUUGCAUCUUCAACUCUCUGACUUUGAUCAGUGAAAAUUUGCCGCUGCUUCAGAAGGGUAUCCUCUGGUUCGUUUUGAAUUAUUCGUUCUUCAUAGUGUCGGUAGCCGAUGCCAGUUUUUCCAAUAUCGUUAGUUACGCGACGAACGACAUGGUAUUGCUGAAUAAAAUAUUGAGAGAUUGUUUAACGAGUACGGAAAAUUUUCCUCAGCAUAAAAAAAUCGUAAGAAAUUACUUGAACGAUUGCUACGGCUGCCGAGACGACAUGGAGAGCAGAAUGACAAAGAACGAAUUGUUCAUAGUUCAGAUUACGAGAAAAUCUUACUUGGAGUUGGCCAAGGUGUGCCGAAUAAUCGACAAAGCGUACGGUUUGCACAAUUUGAUGUCGUCCGUCAUAAGCAUUUUGUAUCUGACCAUAAACAUUUAUCACGCUCACGGAUUGAUCGUUCACUUUGGAAGCCUCUCUUAUGUGGAGUUCAAUCGCGUGUUCUCAAGAAUUUGCAUAUGGAUCAUAUUCUUCGGUGGAAAAAUACUCGUAUUGUGUUAUCGCUGCAGUAACAUCACUGAACAGUCUAUACUUACAGGUGAUAUUCUUGCUGAACUCUACGAUGAACCCUCCGUUUCGAAGGAAGUCCAAGACGAGAUAAGAGAUAUGGAAGUUAAAAUUAUACAAAAUCCCAUAAAAUUCAGUGUCAAUGGUUUCGCGCAAUUGGACUUUACAUUAUUACAAGCGGUGACAACGAUUGUAGUGACUUACGUGAUGAUUUUGGUCCAACUUGGGGGAUCUAAGUAA